AUGCUCACCAUCGCGCAGAAGCUCGACUAUAUUCCGGCUGCCUUAUCAGUCGCGCUCACCUUUGUGUGGGCAGUGUUGACCGUUGCCUGGCGUGCCCCUCAAUAUCCCACCCACUGGCUGCUCCAUAUCGGGUACUCUGUGUUUAGAAAAAGCACAGCGCGUUUUUCGGCGCUUCAGAUGCAAUAUGUGUUACCAAGCACGAAUUUGGUGUACAAUGCGUGGAUUCGCUCUGUGCGACAGAAGCCCCUGACCCUGAAACUCGACCAUGGCGCGAUGGGCCAUUGGAUUGGCGACCCAAACUCCAAGAAUAUCCUGGUUUGGUAUCACGGUGGCGGCUUUGCGCUCCCCGCAAACAUCGGGUAUUUUAAGUUCUUCGCCCAGCUCGUCGCUGAUGCUGAGCGCCACGGCCAUCCGCUCGCCAUUUUCGCGUUAACGUAUACUCUCGCCCCAGUAGCCACAUAUCCCACGCAGUUGCGUCAAGCAGUGGAAGCGCUGCGCUACAUUCUCUUCGAGAAACGCCACCCAGCAAGCAACGUCAUGCUUGGUGGCGACUCCGCAGGCGGCAACCUAGUCGGCGGCGUCCUCUCGCACCUCGCACACCCACACCCGGCAAUCGAUCCCAUCAAACUCAAACUCGACGACCGCCUCGCAGGCGCAGUGAUGAUCGCCCCCUGGACUCUUCUUCAACCCGACAUGAGCGGCCGCGUCGUCGACUCCCGCGGCGACCUGAUUACCCCCCGUGUCGGGGAGAUUUGGGGACCAGGGUACCUUGGUGGUGCACCAAAUGACUUUUAUACUGAUCUGUCGAACGCACCGAUCGAUUGGUAUGCUAACUUCCCCAUUCGUAGGAUUCUAGUCUGUGGUGGCGAGCGCGAGAUCCUUUUCCCUGUGAUUGAAGACUUCGUGGAGAAGCUGCGCCAGGGAUUCAAAGGGGAUGUUGAAUUCUGUAUUGGCAAGGGCGAGGGGCAUGUUGCGCCUGUUUAUAAUCUGUACCUUGGGGAUAAGCGGGAGACGCAGCAGGGGGCCAAGGCGAAGGCAUUUAUCCGCGAGCUGUUGGAGAAGAUGUAG